AUGGGUGCAAGUACAUCAGUAACGCCUGACCAAAAGAUUAAUACAAAAAAUUACUUCGAAUUGAGGAGAAUCUAUUCAUAUCAUAUUGAUUCGUUUAAAGCGUUGUAUCAAUUAAAAACGGAAGAUGCGGAAGAAUUAAACAAGAUUUACAAUAUGGUCAAAACAAAUUUGAUUGAUACAAAGAUUUAUUUUCCCAAAACUAUUAUGAGAGACAUUUUAAAUAUUAUUCAGUAUAAUAAUCGUUAUGCAAAGUCAUAUUUAAAACUUGUAAAACGUAUAUCUGAUGAAUAUCAUGAAAAAGAGGUUAGAGAUGUUCCUCUUAUUGUUAUCUGCCUUUUUGAAAAAGAAUAUGGAUUUAGAUUAGACACUUAUAAUCCUUACAGGUUCGAGGUAAAUGAAAAUAUCGAUAUUCAUUCGGAAAAUACAAUUUAUAGAGCAAUUAUGUAUGAUGACAAAGAAAGAUUUAUAUAUUUCACUGAAAGUGAUCGAUUUGAUAAAGAUCAAAAACUUAAAAGCAGUUUAUAUCCAAAUUAUGGAGGACAUUCAUUACUUGAAUUAUGUUGCUACCACGGAGCAGUUGAUUGUUUCAAGUUAUUAAGAACGAAAUUUAAUUCAGAAAUAACUCAAAAAUGCCUAGAAUAUUCAUUUUUAGGAGGGAAUCCAGAGAUCAUGAGCGAAUGUUUGAAAUAUCAAAAACCAAAUAUAGAUUGUAUGAUUUGUGCAAUUAUUUCCCACAACAUUGAUUUUGUUACAUUCUUGAUGAAUGAAUACAAUAUAAAUAUAUAUGUAGAUUGCUGCAUAAAAUAUAAAAAUCUUGAAUCAUUUUUAGUUUAUUUAGAUCAAACUGAUAGUAUCAAGAGAUGUUUUGAUUAUUCAGUAAUGUUUAAUAUUCCUUCUCUUUGUGAAUAUUUCCUUUCUCUUGGUGUAGAUAUCAAUCAGAAAAAUGGAUCGACAGCUCUUCAUAUUACUGCGCAAUAUAAUUUUACAGAAGUAGCAGAAUUUCUUCUUUUACAUGGUGCAAACAUCAAUGAAGAAGAUUAUAGUGGAAAAACACCUCUUCGUAUUGCAGCACAUAAUAAUUGUAGAGAAGUGGCAGAGAUUCUCCUUUCAUACGGUGCAAACAUUAAUGAAAAAGAUUGCUUUGGGGAAACUCCUCUGAUUCAUGCAGUGCUUUAUAAUUGUAAAGAAACAGCCGAACUUCUUAUUUCUCGUGGUGCAAGUAUUAAUGAUAAAACUACAUUUGGAAUGACGGCACUUCAACACGCAAGGGAGAAUAAUUGCAGAGAAAUAGAAGAACUUCUUCUAUUGCAUGGUGCAAAUUAA